UUGAGGGAGGUGGACGGCGCCGCCAGCAGCGGAAAGGAAACCAUGGCGCUCGCCGCCCUUGAGAGGUGCUUCCAGGCUGUCCCGACGGACGCCGUCGCGGGCAUCGUCGACUGCGUCCUCGCUUCUUCGUCCUGGUCCUCGCCCUCGCAGCUCUUCCACGCCCUCCUCCACUCCGACCAUGCCGCCGCGUCAUCUCUCCCUCACGCCGCCGCGCUCUGCCACCUGCUCGCCCUGCUCGAUCAGGAGCGGCCGGCGGAGGAUUCUGUGCGCGCGCUGCUAUGGAGGGUCUUCCUGCCGCUGCUUAGGCAAGAAGACCAGCUCCAGCACACCAUUGCCUUGAUGUGCGAUGCCGUCUCCACCAACCAAUCCUUCUCUGACCUUCUAGGAGCUACCAUCUUGCCCUUGUGUAUUCGAUCCUCCGCCAUCGCCAUGGAUAUGGAUUUGGAUUCCACUCUACUGUUUGUGUACCAAACUGGGGAGGACCCGCCGCCUCCAGCUCCAGGGGGGCUUCUUCUUCUACCAAUCUCCAAGGCCACCGCUGUCCUGGCGUCGUUGCUCCAACACACAUUGGAGAGGAACAGGAAGAGCACAAGCCUCAAUGCGCUGCUGCACAAUUUGACCUGGGACCUCUCCUCGCUGGCGCUCAACAUGUUUGGCCACAGCCAAGAGUAUCGAUCCUGUGCCACCCGGGUCCUCCUACACCCCCUGCUCCUUUCGCUCGCGGAUGUUUCCUGUGUCACCGUGCACCUGGAGUUGGCUGCAGCUCCUCAGCUUAAGCUCUCAAGGUCUGGCUUCUUGGAGUCUAUAUGGGCCUCCUGCCUUUCUCUCUUUGCACUGGGGCCUGCUGAGCGCCUGGAUGCUUAUAAUAUACUCUCUCUCUACUUGUCAACACUGAAACAUGUUAUCUUGGGACCUGAUGAGUAUGAUCUUAGGAAUUCCAAUGAUUUUUGGGAUGAAAUUCGCAGGGGACUGGUUGACAAGGAUUCUUUAGUGAGGAAGCAGGCUUUGUACAUCUUGAGAAUAUCACUAGACAUCUUUUCCUCAUCUGAGGAUAAUGGUGCUCAGCAAUGCUCCAGGAGGAGGUCCGCCGCUCUGCCUGCUCAAGACAAAUCAAAUACUGCAAUGACAAAAAGAGAAAGGUGGGCUCAGAAAGAGGCCAAAUCCCUUGGCAUUGGAGAAAUGAGCCAAUCAGAUGAAAACUGCUCAAGUGGUAAAGACCGGUGGAAAGUUUUCCUGUUACUCUACGAGAUGCUCCAGGAGUAUGGAACACAUUUAGUUGAGGCGGCCUGGACACACCAGGUAAUGCUGCUGUUUGAGUCCACACCACGGAGUGAUUACUCAAAUCACAUGUCCUAUACAGUUUUCCAUGCUCAGAUGGAAUCUUUCGAAGGAUUUUUCCACUGGAUGGUAGUUCUUUGGGAGCGUGGGUUUACUCAUGAUAAUCCCCAAGUGCGCUACCUGGUUAUGCAUUCCUUUUUGGAUAUUACAUGGGAACACUACUUGGUUUGCCCUCAGAUAGUUCCCAGAGGCUUUGUUCUUGGACCACUGUUACGUGGUUUGAACGAUGUAGUUCAUCACAAGGAUUUUGGUGUGAAGGGUGUUUAUGAUUCAAAAAUCAUAAAAGGUGCAGAGAGGUUCUUUGGUCUUUACGCACAGAGAUUGACAACACGUGACCGUUUACAUCUAGUUUGGAGUUUGUCUUCUUCUGCUAAGCAAGAUUCAUUUGGCCGAGCAGGAUUAAUGGCUCUUGCAUUUUGUGUUGCUUCAUGCGCAUGUCAUUUAAAUACAAAUGAUUUACCAUGUGAUUCUGCUGGGCAAGAAAUGGCAAAAUGCAAUGGUGAUGCACAUACAAAAGUUAAUAUUGAAGAUUUAUUAGAUGCUUUAAUGAUUCUUUGUGAGAAGAGUAAACAACACUUCAAUCCAAAGUAUCGUCUCAAAGUUUGUGAACAGGUCAUGAAGGCCACAACAUCAUUGAUAAGUGCAGCUGAAAUCCCACUUAAUCAGCUUUUGUACUUCAUUUCUGCAAUACCUCGAGAGUUUACUGAUUAUUAUGGAGAACUGAGACCAAUGGUUCAAAAAUGGUUUGUUGAGAAGAAAGAAUGUUCUUCUGGAAACACUUUGUUGGAGAAGCUCAUUGAUUUCCCUACCACCUUCGUGAAGCACACAGAGGUGAAUGGACCAUACUUGUUUGAUGAUGAGGAUGUGGGUGCAUGGGAAGCUGAAGCACGGAGGUGGGCAAGGACCCUUCUUCUUGUAACCUCAGAGGAGCAGCACUUCACGCAAAUAUUUGUGUUUUUGGAGAAAUAUGGUAACAAUCUUUCUGAAGAAUAUCCAACUGGAGAAUGCAUACAAGUGAAGUUUUUUAUCAUUGUAUUAUGUUUGAUCGAGGAACUUGAAGUGAAACACAAAAGGCUUAUUCACCAGAACAAUACCAUCUCCAAAGAAGGUUCAGAUAGCUCAAAUGGAUUAGAGCACCAUGCUCUUAACAAGAAGCUUGCAAAGUUUUUGCUUAUCAUUUUGGAAAAUAUGGUGAUCUUCAGCAGGACAUCUUGUUCAAUUUUCUGGUUAAGAAAUUCAGAGGACAUGGAUUUACCAUCUUCUGUUAAAGGAAAGCUUGGAGGCCCAAGCCAACGUCGUCUACCUACCUCUACAACCUCGUUGGUGUUGCAGGCUAUUUGGUCCAUGAGAAGCAUUAGUUCUAUUGUCACAUGGUGUAACAAUUACUGUUCUGAUAUUUCUCUUUGUUCAACAUUGACAUUCUUCUGGGAGUUCUGUUGGGAAGUUAUCCAACAUCACAGUUAUGCCACAGAGGUUGGGGGUGAACUUCAUUUGGCAGCUUAUGAAGCUCUAUCCUAUGUGCUACCUACUCUAUCUACUGCUUGCACUUCUCAGUUUCUUGAUCUUGUAGAACCAAAACAAAUAAAUCAAAACAGCAAAUUUUCAUUGGAUUUUCUGGUCAUCAGUUUUCUUGAUAACAUCAACAAUCUCCUUGUGAAUGGAGUUCUAAAGAGAAGCAGACGGGCUGUUUUAAUGUGUUGGAAGUGGCUUUGUCUAGAUUCGCUGCUAUCCUUUUCUUGCUGCCGUGGUGAGAAUGAAUCGCUGUUGAAGAUGCUCUAUCCUUUAUUUUCAGAAUCAACUCUCCGAUCUAUUUUUGUUGAUAUUAUUGAAAGUCUUGAAAAUGCUGGUGAAAAUUCUGUCUUGGCCAUCCUUAGAUGCGUGAGAUCUGUUUUGGGGCUUUUACACUUCAGCAUGAGAACCAGAAAUUUGUCCUCGCUGGGCAUCAGUUAUGAGAUGAUGAUGCAAUUUGUAAAGUCUUCCUGGAUCUUGCACCUUAGUUGCAAUAAGCGCAGAGUUGCACCAAUUGCUGCAUUGUUAUCUGCCGUAUUGCACCCAGCAAUCUUUCCUAAUUUGGAAAUGCACCAGGAGAAUGAAAAAGGGCCAGGUCCUUUGAAAUGGUUUAUUGAGAAUCUUCUUGGCGAAGGUUCAAAAAGUCCUCGAACUAUACGCCUAGCAGCUUUGCAUUUGAGUGGUAUAUGGUUAAUGUACCCAAAAACUCUUAGCUUUUAUAUGGAGGAACUGAAGCUAUUAUCAUUAUAUGGAUCAGUGGCAUUUGACGAAGAUUUUGAAGCUGAACUAUCUGAAAACCAUGAAGCAAGGCUUGAAGUUUCUAUGUUAGCACAAAGCCCAGAUCGUGAAUUCACAGAGGUGUUCAUUAAUACAGAAUUAUAUGCUCGCGUUUCAGUUGCCGUCCUCUUUGAUCAUCUAUGGAAGCAAAUCGAAGUAAAGAGCACAUUGGAAACUGAAGAAGCCCUUCGAUCUGGCAAAUUAUUUCUACUGAAACUUCUUGAUUCAGCGGUGAACGACAAGGAUAUUUCAAGAGAACUUUACAAAAAAUAUAGCAGUGUACAUAGGCGAAAAGUUCGUAUUUGGCAGAUGAUUUGUGUUCUGUCACAGUAUGUGGAGGAUGAUAUUGUUAAAGAAGUGACAUCUAGUAUUCACAUCUGUCUUUAUAGAAACAAUUUACCUGCUGUCCGGCAGUACUUGGAGACAUUUGCUAUACUUAUUUAUUUAAAAUUUCCAGCAUUGGCUGAAGAACAGCUGAUUCCAAUUUUUCAUGACAAUGAAAUGCGACAACAGGCACUAUCUUCAUAUGUUUUUAUAGCAGCAAAUCUGAUCCUUCAUUCACGGGAGUUGGCUGUCCAGAUAAACCAUCUGAAUGAACUUUUUCCUCCAAUAAUGCCAUUUUUAACAUCUCAUCACCACAGUUUACGUGGUUUUACUCAGCUACUUGUCCACUGUGUUCUAUCAAAGAUGGGGUCUGUUUUGGCACUCGGAAGUUCAGAAAAUCCAGUCUUUGAGAGGAGAUGCUUUCAAGAUUUGAAAAGAUAUCUGGCAGAAAAUACUGACUGCGUAAGGCUUAGAGCUUCAGUUGAACGCUUCCUUGAUGUUUUCAAUCCUGAUACUUCCGGGACUCCUUCUGGAAUAUUUAGUUCUCGCCCUGAGGUCUCUUUUGACUUUGAAUGUGUUCCUGUGUCAGUGAUGGAGCGAGUAAUUAACUUCCUCAAUGAUGUGAGGGAGGAUCUGAGACAAUCUAUAGCGAAGGACUCAAUAACAAUCAAGAAUGAGGAUCUCACAGCAGAAAUGCAUCACAAAGAGGACAGAACUGAUGAGAACAUAGUUGAGUUGUUAGAGCCUAGUCAAGAUGUGCUCAAUUUUCAGAAGAAAAUCACACCCUAUAGGAACUUUGAUCAACCAUUAAACGUUGGUGGUCAUUCAGUUGUUGGCGAUGACUAUAUUUCAAGAUUACUUUUAGAUCUAGAGGGAGAUGACCAGCAGUUGGAUUUAGCGCUAGAAUCAAGAAAUCACGCUGUGGAAACUAUCAAGCAAAGCCAGCAGCAAUUAAUAGUAGUAGCAUCAUUGGUAGAUCGCAUCCCUAAUCUUGCUGGACUGACAAGAACAUGCGAGAUAUUCAAAGCAGUUGGAUUGGCCGUUGCUGACAAAAGUAUUAUCGAGGACAAGCAGUUUCGGUUGAUCAGUGUGACGGCGGAGAAGUGGUUGCCCAUGAUGGAGGUUCCAGUGAAUAGCGUCAAAGUGUUCUUGGAGAAGAAGAGGCUGGAAGGCUAUUCCGUGAUAGGGUUGGAGCAGACGGCCAACAGCAAGCCACUGGACCACUUCUCUUUUCCGAGCAAAACGGUGCUUGUGCUGGGACGGGAGAAGGAAGGCAUCCCGGUGGAUAUCAUCCAUGUGUUGGACGCAUGCGUGGAGAUCCCGCAGCUGGGCAUCGUCAGGUCACUCAAUGUUCAUGUCAGCGGUGCCAUUGCCGUGUGGGAAUACACCCGCCAGCAACGCAUCGCAACUUAAUUUCUGUUUGAGCAGAAAUCAACUUAAUUUUCUCAAAGCUGUUCCUUGUUACUAGUACUCCUACUCCAUAGUGGAGUCUGUAUUAUAUGUAUUCAUCAAUCGGUUAGAACUAGAAACAAAUGAGAGAUGAUAGUACUCCACUUGUCUUGCCCGUACAUACAGCACAACUCUACUGUCCUGACCUGCACCCCAGCUAUUGUUAUUACCAAAAAACCCAUAUUUGUUCUUGCUAGUAAUGCCACGCACUACGGCACUAGAUAGAGGUGAGUUUAUAAUACGAAUAAAACGUUUGUGUUGGAGUAUCA